GGUAAAAUCAUAAUCUAGUCCUGAGAGUUGAGACCGGCCCUUGUUUUCCAGUAUCGCCAAUUCUCUCGAGGCGACUGAGAGAGGCUCCAUUUCUAGGCUCGCCUCUCCCGACGGUGGUAUCUAGCGAGCCAGGUUCUUCUCAGGUAUUGCCAUUAGCUUACCGAUUUAUUUAUUUCUUCCUUAUUUUCUGCUUCUGAUAAUAAACAGCAGUCAUGGUUUUCGUCUCAUCUCUUGACAACAAAACCCUAUUUCUCAACCUUAACCCUAGUUCCACAACGCUUGAAACCCUUAAACUUAAAAUAGAAGAGAAAUCCGGAAUCCCUGCCAACCUCCAACGUCUGUUCCUGUCGUCGAGGCGGUUGAUUGGCGAUGAAUCUUUAAAUGUUUCUUAUCUUGGUGUUCGGUCGGAUUCAACCCUUACCCUUCAUAUCCCUCUGUUGGGAGGGAUGCAAGCUCCUGUCCUCCCAAAACCAAAACUGGAGUUCCUCAACACCAAACCCCCUCCGAAUUAUGUGGCUGGUCUCGGUCGAGGUGCCACGGGUUUCACAACCCGGUCUGAUAUUGGUCCUGCGAGGGCUGCGCCUGAUCUCCCCGAUAGGUCCGCCACCACAAUUGGCGGUGCCGCUGGCGUUGGCAGGGGAAGGGGGAAAGGACCUGGUGGUGAAGACGAGGAGGAGGAAGAAGCAGACGACAAGGGUUAUGACGAGAACCAAAAGUUCGAUGAGUUCGAAGGGAACGAUGUUGGCCUUUUUGCUUCUGCGGAGUAUGACGAGGAUGAUAAGGAAGCCGAUGCCGUUUGGGAAAGCAUUGAUAAAAGGAUGGACUCUAGGAGGAAGGACCGAAGGGAAGCCAGGUUGAAGCAGGAGAUUGAGAAAUACCGAGCGUCGAAUCCCAAGAUCACAGAACAGUUUGCAGAUUUGAAGAGGAAGCUAUACACUUUGUCGGUGCAGGAGUGGGACAGUAUUCCAGAGAUUGGAGAUUAUUCAUUGAGGAAUAAGAAGAAGCGGUUUGAGAGCUUUGUGCCGGUGCCGGAUACACUGCUUGAGAAGGCCAGACAGGAACAAGAGCAUGUUACCGCUCUGGAUCCCAAAAGCAGGGCUGCUGGUGGAACUGAGACUCCAUGGGCUCAGACUCCUGUAACAGAUUUAACUGCUGUUGGAGAAGGGAGAGGGACUGUUUUGUCAUUGAAAUUGGAUAGGCUCUCCGAUUCUGUCUCAGGGCUAACAGUGGUUGAUCCCAAGGGUUAUCUUACUGACCUCAAAAGCAUGAAGAUUACAAGUGAUGCAGAAAUUUCGGACAUCAAGAAGGCUAGGUUGUUGCUCAAAUCCGUUACACAGACAAAUCCAAAACAUCCACCAGGAUGGAUUGCAGCUGCACGGCUUGAGGAAGUUGCAGGGAAGAUCCAAGCAGCAAGACAAUUGAUCCAGAGAGGAUGUGAAGAGUGCCCCAAGAAUGAGGAUGUAUGGUUGGAGGCAUGCAGGCUUGCUAGCCCAGAUGAUGCAAAGGCUGUAAUUGCUAGGGGGGUGAAGGCAAUUCCCAAUUCGGUGAAGCUGUGGAUGCAAGCCUCAAAAUUGGAGCAUGAUGAUGUGAACAAGAGCAGAGUUUUGAGGAAAGGGCUGGAGCACAUCCCUGAUUCUGUUAGGCUCUGGAAGGCAGUUGUGGAACUGGCAAAUGAAGAGGAUGCAAGGCUUUUGCUUCAGAGGGCUGUGGAGUGCUGCCCCUUGCAUGUUGAGCUGUGGCUUGCACUUGCAAGGCUGGAAACUUAUGAGAAUGCAAAGAAGGUUCUUAACAAGGCAAGGGAGAAACUUCCAAAGGAGCCAGCUAUUUGGAUUACAGCUGCAAAGCUUGAAGAGGCUAAUGGAAAUACUGCUAUGGUUGGGAAGAUAAUAGAAAGGGGUAUCAGGUCUCUGCAAAGAGAGGGAGUGGUAAUUGAUAGAGAGGUUUGGAUGAAGGAGGCUGAGGCUUCUGAACGUGCUGGAUCUGUUGCAACUUGUCAGGCUAUAAUUCGUAAUACAAUUGGAAUUGGUGUUGAGGAGGAAGAUAGAAAGAGGACAUGGGUUGCUGAUGCAGAGGAGUGCAAAAAGAGGGGUUCCAUUGAGACUGCACGAGCCAUCUAUGCUCAUGCGCUUACUGUGUUCCUGACUAAGAAGAGUAUAUGGCUCAAGGCAGCACAACUAGAGAAGAGUCAUGGGACCAGGGAGUCUCUUGAUGCUCUACUUCGGAAGGCAGUCACGUACAGGCCACAAGCUGAGGUUCUUUGGUUGAUGGGUGCCAAAGAGAAGUGGCUUGCUGGAGAUGUUCCUGCUGCUCGAGCAAUUCUCCAGGAAGCCUAUGCAGCAAUUCCCAAUUCUGAGGAGAUUUGGCUUGCAGCUUUCAAGCUGGAAUUUGAGAACCAUGAACCAGAAAGAGCAAGGAUGCUUCUUGCUAAAGCCCGAGAAAGAGGAGGCACAGAGAGAGUAUGGAUGAAAUCAGCAAUUGUUGAAAGAGAACUCGGGAAUACUGAAGAGGAGAAGAGAUUGCUGAAGGAAGGGCUGAAACUCUUCCCCUCAUUUUUCAAACUGUGGCUCAUGCUUGGGCAGCUAGAGGACCGGCUGGGUCGCCUGGAGCAAGCUAAGGAAGCUUAUGAGUCAGGUUUGAAGCACUGCCCUGGCUGCAUUCCACUUUGGCUCUCACUUGCUAACUUGGAGGAGAAGAUGAGUGGACUAAGUAAAGCUAGAGCAAUCCUCACCAUGGCUAGGAAAAGAAAUCCUCAGAGUCCUGAGCUUUGGCUGGCUGCAGUUCGAGCUGAAUCAAGGCAUGGGAACAAGAAAGAAGCUGAUAUUUUGAUGGCAAAGGCAUUGCAGGAGUGCCCCACAAGUGGUAUCCUCUGGGCAGCAUCAAUUGAAAUGGUCCCACGCCCUCAAAGGAAAACCAAGAGCAUGGAUGCGCUGAAGCGAUGUGAUCAUGAUCCCUAUGUCAUUGCUGCUGUGGCAAAACUAUUUUGGCAUGACAGGAAGGUGGACAAAGCCAGAAACUGGCUCAAUAGGGCAGUUACUCUUGCCCCAGAUAUUGGGGACUUCUGGGCCUUAUACUACAAGUUUGAACUUCAGCAUGGUACUGAAGAGAAUCAGAAGGAUGUGUUGAAGAGAUGUAUUGCUGCAGAACCAAAGCAUGGUGAGAGAUGGCAAGCAAUUUCCAAGGCUGUGGAGAAUUCCCACCAGCCAAUAGAAGCCAUUUUAAAGAAAGCUGUGGUUGCUCUGGGAAAGGAAGAGAAUGCUGCUGAGAACAAACAAUAGAAUUUCCUUUACAUCUAGUGUAGAGAUUUUUGAAGCUUCUCAUCUCUUAAAUGUUAGUCGGAAAUAUACUGGGAAGUGGGAACUUACUAAAAGACGUGGCAUAGAAUUUAGAUUUAUGUAUUUUGCCUUUCAGUUCGAUUUCUGAACACCAGAAGUUGUAUCAUUAUCAUUUUUAUCGUGAGUCGGAAUGUUGAGAGAAGGUUAUUGACAUAUUUUUCUAGAAUUUGAAUACCGCUCAAUCUAUCGAUCUUCAUUUCAACAUGUCUAUAAUUGUUGAUGUAUCAUGUUAAUUUCUUUCUGGUUUUUAUCAA